AUGCCGGUCGUGGAGACAACCUGGAAUCUGGACGAUAUUGAGGACGACUCGGAGUGGACGAAUUUGGACUCGGAUGAGGAGGGGCAGCAGGAGGGGCAGGAGGGAGAGGGAAACGAGAACCCGCAGCCCCCCGUGCCCCAGCCUGCCCCCUCUCCCCCACCUGUCCCCGCUGCCUCGCGUCCACGGGCACGCGUCAGGGCCCCCCCAUCUGCGGCGGCGGUUCCUAGAGCUAAACCUACCCGAGCAUCGACACAAGCAGCCACCAAGAAGAGCCUGGAGCGUCGUGAGACGAUGAUCACAGGACCGAUCUUGAACCCUGCUCGACAAACGUCAUUUCCCGUCGGGACACUCGUCAGACUCUACAACGAAGGCACCAUUGAUCUCGAUCCCGAAUACCAGCGUAGUGUGGUCUGGAAUGCAGACAAGCAAAGUGCUCUUAUUGAAUCGGUCUAUCGAAACAUGCAUGUCCCGCAAUUACUCUUCCGUGUCAUACGGAGCGACGACGGGUCCGAAACGCGUGUAUGCAUUGAUGGGAAGCAAAGGUUGACGUCUUUCAAACGCUUUCUCAAUAAUGAGAUCCCUUGCAAAGACUCCUAUUCGGGUAAAAGCUUCUGGAUCGAUAAGGAUCCUACCGGGAAAAAAAGAACCCUUGUACCCCCGCCAAUGAAGAGCCUCUUCGAGCUCAAGCAAGUCUCGUGCAUGGAGUACGAGGAUGUCACUCCAGAGAACGAACGUGAACUCUUCCAGCGUGUUCAAUUAGGAGUCUCGCUUAGUCCGGCAGAUCGAUUGCCAGCGAUUAACGGCUUGUACGCCGAACUCGUUCGUACCUUACGCAAUAGGGUGAAUACAACGAAAGAGUUCGAGGGUUACCUCGCUUGGGGUAGAGAACGCGGACGAGACUUCCAGGCCCUUGCUCAGAUUGUCCAUCUGAUCCUGUAUGGCCAGACAAAGAAGGCUGAACCAACAUCAAGCCGACUCGAGACCUUGCUUAGAACAACCACCGAAGGGCUGACGGCUGCACAGAAGGCGUCGGAGAAGGUCAUGGACAUCUACUGCCGCAUCGCCCAACAUCCGGGGCUCGGAGAGCCUCUCAGGAAGGACCUUUCGCCCUUGGAGUUCGUCAUGUCUGCCUACCUCAUUCAGCUGCACCGCAAGAAGCUAUCCGAUACCCAGCUGUCCGAUGCCAUCACCCAUAUGCGCACAGACGCGAAGCAAAAUCUUGCCGACUUCAAGUUCAACACCAAGAACUUCAAGCACAUCAUGUCGUUUCUGCAGAAGCGGAUUCCAAAGCUCAUCCCAAACCUGAAGGUUGAUCCUAACGACCCGAAGCCUGCAAACGACGUGAAGUACCAACGCAUCGAAGUCGAGGUUGAUCAAUUUAAGUGCCUUGACGGCGACCGAGCCGGGCCAGAAGAUCCCGGCGAAACGCAAGAAGGAGGAGGAAAAGAAGGAGGAAGAUACCGAUGCUGA